UGCUUUCCAACGUGUUACAGGGGUGUUUCCAUCUGCGACUGCUGGAUGGAUACAUAGUAGAAAAUCACCACAGUCCCAGCUACUCCUCCAUGCUUUACACCGGAGACCAAUAAUGAAGCCAAACAGUCAAGUGCUCAAAAACAGAUCCUCACAUGACACGGAGAGGGAAUUUGGAGGAACCCUGGGUGCCUUAUGCAUACCCAUCUUUCUUCCGCUGACGGUGCUGUUCCUGAUCUGUGUGAGUCGAUCCCCUGAGGCCAGUGUGCUCCAGUGGCCCCCUCCCCUCCCCUCUUCCGAGCAGCUGUGGGACCCUGUGGCCCUCGUGCUUCUGCUGGGCUGGAUCACUCUGCAUGCCCUCCUCUAUGUGAUGCCAUUAGGAAAGGUGUCUGAAGGAUUAGUUCUGAGGGAUGGAACACGUCUCAAGUAUCCCAUAAAUGGUUUUCCCAGCCUGUGCAUCAGCGGUGUGUUGCUGCUGUUGUUACUGGGGCUCGGGGUUCCUCUGGGGCGUCUGUUUGAGCUGCUGGUGCCUCUGGCGGUGUGUGCAAUAGCAGUGUCCUUCGUGUUCUCCGUCUACCUCUACAUCCGCUCCUUUUGGGUUCCUUCUCAUGCUCUCGCCUUGGGGGGCAACACAGGAAAUCCCCUGUACGACUUCUUCAUCGGUCGGGAGCUAAACCCCCGGAUUGGCAAGUUUGACCUUAAAUAUUUCUGUGAGCUCAGACCGGGUCUGAUUGGCUGGGUGGUCAUAAACCUUGGCAUGCUGAUGAAGGAGGUGGAGCUUCGAGGUUCCCCCUCACUCGCCAUGGUGCUGGUCAACAGUUUCCAGCUGCUGUAUGUGGCAGACGCUCUGUGGAAUGAGGAGGCUGUUCUGACAACCAUGGACAUUGUUCAUGAUGGCUUUGGCUUCAUGCUGGUGUUUGGGGACCUGGCCUGGGUUCCCUUCACAUACGGCCUGCAGGCUGCCUUCUUGGUCGUGCACCCACAGGCCCUAAGUUCACUGGGAGCAGCAACUAUAAUAGCACUGAAUGGUAUCGGAUAUUACGUUUUCAGAAAAUCCAACUCACAGAAGAACCAGUUCAGAAGAGACCCUACACACCCAAGUGUUGCAAGACUAGAGACCAUCGCCACAGCAACAGGGAAACGUCUGCUUGUGUCUGGCUGGUGGGGUCUCGUUCGUCAUCCCAAUUACCUCGGUGACCUCCUCAUGGCCCUGGCGUGGUCCCUGCCAUGUGGAUUCUCGCACAUUCUGCCUUACUUCUAUGUCAUAUAUUUCACCGUCUUGCUGAUUCACCGAGAGGCCCGUGACGAGAGACAGUGUAGGGCCAAAUACGGACUUGCGUGGGACACCUACUGUCGCCGUGUCCCCUACAGGAUCUUCCCUUAUAUCUACUGAACAGGAAAGCAGAUGGGUGGAAGGGACCUACACUGUCUCACAAUAUCCUUGUGACUCUUCAAGUCCAAACUUGACAAAAACUUGAAAAGAAAUCCAUUUUCAGUUAAACAGACCACAAAUAACAUCUGGUGCUGCUACUGGGAAUCUACUGAGCUCCCAAUUUUAAUCAGCCUUGAUUUGUCAGGCUGCGGUUCACUUACAGAACCGUGUAUAAUGGAUCAAUAUUUCUGAUAUAUUGAAUUUUGAAUUUGAAACCUGACAUGAGUCUAAUAUAGGUACACUCAGUCUUCAGACACUUGUCUCUUGUGAAGCUAAAAACAUUCCAUCAUAAGAGGCUCAAGCUGUAGUAUGUCUCAAAACAGUCCUGG